AUGGCGGGCGGCCACCGCCUCCUGCUGGAGAACGCGCGGCAGGCGGUGCUGGUGUGCGCCCGCGGCGAGCGCUGCCUGGCGGGGGACGCGCGGCACGGCCUGGCCGUGCUGGACGGCGCCAGCCUGGUGGUCGGCACCGAUGGGUUUAUAAAAGCUAUUGGUCCUGCUGAUGCUAUCCAAAGACAGUUUUCUGAAGAAACUUUCGAAGAAAGAAUUGACUGCUCUGGAAAGUGUAUCCUACCAGGUUUGGUGGAUGCACACACACAUCCGGUAUGGGCUGGUGAAAGAGUUCAUGAGUUUGCAAUGAAGUUGGCAGGGGCCACGUACAUGGAUAUUCACCAGGCCGGAGGAGGGAUCCAUUUCACCGUGGAGCGCACACGCCAAGCCUCGGAGGAGGAGCUGUUCAUCUCCCUCCAGCAGCGGUUGCAGUGCAUGGUGAGGGCUGGGACCACGCUGGUGGAGUGCAAGAGCGGAUACGGCCUCAACCUGGAGACCGAGCUCAAGAUGCUGCGUGUGAUCGAGCGCGCCCGGCGGGAACUGGACAUCGACAUCUCGGCCACUUACUGUGGGGCUCACUCAGUGCCCAAAGGAAAAACUGCUACUGAAGCUGCUGACGACAUCAUCAGUAACCACCUCCCGAAGCUGAAGGCGCUUUGCAGAUACGGGGAGAUCCACGUGGACAAUAUAGAUGUGUUCUGUGAGGAGGGCGUCUUUGAUCUCGACUCCACCAGAAGGAUUCUUCAAAGUGGAAAAGAGAUGGGGUUACGGAUUAACUUCCAUGGGGAUGAACUCCACCCAAUGAAGGCUGCUGAGCUUGGGGCAGAACUGGGAGCCCAGGCAAUCAGCCACCUGGAGGAAGUGAGUGACGAAGGCAUUGCUGCCAUGGCCACGGUCAGGUGCUCUGCUGUCCUUCUGCCCACCACGGCCUACAUGCUGAGACUGAAGCAGCCUAGAGCCAGAAAGAUGUUGGAUGAAGGGGUAAUAGUUGCUCUGGGCAGUGAUUUCAACCCUAAUGCAUAUUGCUUUUCAAUGCCAAUGGUCAUGCAUCUGGCAUGUGUAAACAUGAGAAUGUCCAUGCCCGAGGCCUUGGCCGCUGCCACCAUCAAUGCAGCUUAUGCGCUGGGGAAAUCUCACACACAUGGAUCUUUGGAAGUUGGCAAACGGGGAGAUCUCAUUAUCAUCAAUGCAUCUAGAUGGGAGCAUUUGAUUUACCAGUUUGGAGGCCAUCACGAAUUAAUUGAAUAUGUUAUAGUUAAAGGAAAAGUUAUCUAUAAAAAAUGA